AUGAGGCUACCUAUUGGGAUGGUGAGGCCAUGCACCGUGUGGCAAGGCUCAAUCUCAAAUCUUCCCGUCACAGAGCAGCUCUGUGCCGCUUCCGCCUCACAUUCUUCUCUCAGCCAAAGCACAAAGCUGAAGAUUACAAACUCGUUGAGCACCUCAAUCCAGUGCUUUGAGGGCAUCCGAGCUGCCAGACUGCGCGACAAGUGGCUGGAAUGUCAAGGGAUCAAGAACUGGGAAGGCUUGCUUGAUCCCCUCGAUGAUGAUUUAAGAAGUGAGAUCCUUCGGUACGGUCAGUUCGUGGAUGCUGCCUAUCGCUGCUUCGACUUUGAUGCAUCUUCGCCAACAUACGCCCAGUGUGGCCAUGCCAAGGAAUCAAUGCUGGCUGAAUGCGGCCUCGGCACCAGCGGGUACCAGGUCACCGAGAGCCUACACGCCACGUGUUCCGUCCAGGUGCCACGGUGGAUCGAGAGGCUCCCUAACUGGGUAUCGACUCAGUCCAGCUGGAUAGGCUACGUGGCAGUUUGCGAUGACAAGGAAGAGAUUUCCCGGCUGGGACGCCGCGAUGUGGUGAUAUCCUAUAGGGGCACCGCCACCUGUCACGAGUGGCUGGAGAAUCUCCGCGCCACCUUGACUUGCCUCCCUGAUGACAUGGCUCCCGAAAAUUGUGACCCGAUGGUGCAGAGCGGAUUUUUGAGCUUGUACACAUCGAGUACGGACGACCGUCCGAGUUUGCAGCAAAUGGUCAGGGAAGAAAUUGGAAGAAUCCUCCAAAAAUACUGCGAUGAGCCCCUGAGCAUAACCAUCACAGGACACAGUUUGGGGGCAGCAUUGGCCACCCUUACUGCAUAUGACAUAACAAACACAUUCAGUCAUGCACCCAUAGUCACAGUUGUAUCAUUUGGGGGGCCUCGAGUGGGAGACAGGACCUUCAGAAAGCACCUGGAAAGAAAUGGUACCAAGGUACUCCGGAUUGUGAACUCAGAUGAUGUCAUCACAAAGGUGCCCGGCUUCGUCAUUGACGAAAAUGACGUGGCAAAAAAGGGUGCGGUACAAGUGGCAGCCGGACUGCCAGCGUGGCUUCAGAGGAGGGUGGAGGGGACGCAAUGGGUUUAUGCUGAAAUAGGCAAAGAGCUUAGGUUGAGUAGCAGGGAUUGUCCCCAGCUCAGUAAAGGAGAUGUUGCUACGUGCCACGAUUUGAAGACGUAUCUACACUUGGUUAACAAUUUUGUUAGCUCAACUUGUCCUUUUAGAGCUACUGCUAAAAGGGUUCUAAAGAGAACGAAUCAAGCUAGAGAAACAGCUCUUGUUUAG